AGUUUUUGGGGUGUAAAUAGGUAAAAUAAGAGUCUGCGCACGACCAUCUGGCAACGUUGGUCUCCUCUCAGCUGGUCCGGGCCGUGACGCAACCUCGGGGCACGACACAAAACACUCGAAAUGGCCUCAAAACUCAGCACCCCCGGCCUCCUCAAGCACCUGGCCAAGCGGGGCUAUGGAGCUCAGGCUGCCGCCCAGCAGACUUCCUACACCCUGCCACAGAAAGAGCCGCAGGUGACCACUCUGCCCUCGGGUGCUGUGGUGGCCUCCCUCGAGAACAACAGCCCAAUCUCCAGGGUGGCUGUGCUCUACAAGGCUGGGUCACGCUAUGAAGCUCCAAGCCAGCAAGGAGCCUCCCACAUCCUGCGUUCAUGCACUGGCCUUGCCACGAGCAACACCACCGCCUUCGCCAUCACCCGCUCAGUCCAGCAGAUCGGUGGCUCUCUUGAGGCUGAAGGAGGACGAGACCAUAUCCUCUACAGCCUGGAGGUUAUCAGGGACAACCUGGACUCUGGCUUGGAGCUGCUGGGUGAGGUGGCCACCCGCCCAUCCUUCAAGCCUUGGGAGUUGCAGGACAACAUGUCUCGUGUCAAGGUAGAGCUGGCCAUGAGGGAUCCCUCCGCCCUGGCCCUGGACAUGCUGCACAAGGCUGCCUUCCGCGAGACUGGGCUCGGAAACUCCAUCUUUAUUGCAAACCACAACAUUGGCAAGAUCUCCCAAUCACUGAUGCAGGACUAUGUCGCCCAAACCCAUCUGGCUGACCGCAUGGCAGUGGUUGGUCUUGGAGUGGAUCAUGAGGCUCUUAUUAGCUAUGCCAAGGGUCUAGGGGUGGCUGGAAGGGAUGGACCAGCUGGAGCCUCGACCUUCGGAGGUGGAGAGAUCCGUCAGGACACUGGGGCACCAGUCUCAGUUGUUGCUGUGGCCGGCCCAGGUGCCAGCGUGGGCAGCAGUGAUGCAGCAGCGCUGGCUGUGGCCCAGCAUAUCCUUGGGGUGGGUCCCAGUGUCAAGUAUGGAAGUGGUGCCACCAGCGUUCUUGGUAAGGCAGUGGCUGCUUCAGGGGGUGUCGGUAUGGCCACUGCUAUCAACAUCAACUACAGUGAUACUGGCCUCUUUGGGUACUUCGUGGUGGCUGAUUCAGCAUCAGCUGAUAAGGUGGUGAGUGCUGCCCAUGCUGCUGUAAAGGGGCUGAAGGUUACUGCUGCAGAUGUGGCCAAAGGAAAGGCUGGUGCCAAGGCUGCCAUCACCAUGGCUUUAGAAUCAGGAGAAGAGUGUGUAACUGACAUGGGGCUCCAGGCACUGUUGUUGGGCAAGUACAAUGACGCUGCUGCUGCUGCUGCUGCCAUUGAUGCUGUGACACCCUCUGCUGUGGAAGCUGCUCUGAAGAAAGUCUCCAGUGGAAAGUUGAGUAUGAGUGCACUGGGGAGUGUGGCCAAUAUCCCCUACCUGGACCAGCUAUAGGACAUCGACACACUAUUUCUUCACUAGUUGUUUUCCACAAAUUCAUAAAAUGUCUGGUAGAAAUGAAUGUUACUUUCAGGUUGUGUUAAUCGAAUGAAAAAGUAUCCUUAAAAACUAAUGAGAACUGAACAUGUAAUAUAUUGAACCUGUACCAUGUCAUUUAAAGUAACUAAUUUUUGUGACAUCCCCUGCCCUGCUGACAAGGGAAACAGGGUGUUGUAAUUACUAUGACAACAUCUAGGGCUACCACUGGGAAAGUUUGUGUACAUAAUCUUCUGGGCAGUCUUCAGAAGCUGUAGAUAUUUAUGUUAAAUGACAAAAUAUAUGUAUGUUCCCAAUUCCUCUGGAGUUAAAUUUAUUUAAGAA